AUGGUCAACGUCACCACAGUGACUAGAUUCCUGCUACUGGGGUUCUUGAAGGUCCGGGAGCUGCAGCUGGUCCAUUCUACACUCUUCCUGAUGGUCUGCCUGGCGGCUCUGACAGGGAAUCUCCUCACUGUCACCAUCACUGUCCUCGACCAGCGCCUUCACACCCACAUGUACUUCUUCCUCAGGAACCUGUCCUUCAUAGACGUCUGUUACAUCUCCAUCACUGUCCCUAAGUCCACCCUCAACUCCCUCACAAACGUCAACUCCAACUUGCUGCUGGCUUGCACUGCCCACGUCUUUCUUGCGAUUUCCUUGGCGGGAUCGGAGAUGGCUCUUCUCACUGUCAUUCUGAUCGCCGUGUUGUACACUGCCAGUACUUUAUUCCUGUCCUUCUGCGGCCCCACCGAUGUCCACCAGUUCUUCUGCGACGGUCCCCAGUUGCUGAGGCUCACCUGUUCCGCUAGCCACAUCGCUGAACAUGUGAGAUUAGUCAUAGCCAUCUGCUUAAGUUUCCUCCACUUCGUGCUCAUCGUCAUCUCAUAUUUGUGCAUCUUCCGGGCCAUGCUAUCCUUCCAGCUGACAGGUUCAUGGGAGGUGUCCGGAUCCCGUGAAGCCCUGGGGCAGCUGCGGGAGCUGUGCUGUCUGUGGCUGAGGCCGGAACUGGAACUGCUGGUGUUGGGCCAGUUCCUGACCAUCCUGUCCACAGACACCCAGGCCUAG